GACCAAAUACUUCCGGUUUACUGUUGUUCGUCUCGAACGACGACGUUUGUAGUUAUUUUUAUAUUUGGGACAUUUUAACCGCUCCAAACACUACGUGACGGGUGGAAUUAGAAGGUUAGUCAUCUUACGACUCAACAUUAGAAUCGAUUGCGCUCUGUGUAGACAUCUGUGAGCAUGGACCCCCACACCAGGCACAACGACUCUGGAUUUCCACAGAUAGAUCUUAGCAACAAAUUAAUCAUAAAAGUACAGCUCGGUGACGACAUACGACGAAUACCAAUCCACAAUGAAGAUAUCACAUAUGAUGAAUUAUUGUUGAUGAUGCAGAGAGUGUACAGAGGUCGUCUUAAUAGCAGUGAUGAAGUUACAAUCAAGUAUAAAGACGAAGAUAAUGAUUUAAUUACAAUAGGUGACAACCCUGAUCUUUCCUUUGCUAUUCAAUGUAGUCGAAUUCUUAAAAUCACAUUAUUUGUAAAUGGUCAACCAAGACCCCUGGAAAGCGAUCAAGUUAAACAUUUACGUAAAGAGAUUACAGAUCUUCGCAAUCGUCUCAAUCAAUUACUGGAUGAUUUGGAACCCCCUAGUUUACCUAGAACAGCAGGUAAAAGUUCCCCUAGCAAAGCCAAAGAUGAUUUAAGUGGCCCCAUAUUACAGUCAUUUCAAGUGAACAAAAUAAAAAAUCAAGAAACAGCGGAAGAGGUGCAUGCUGGGCCACCUAAGCAGCAGAAUGUCAUGAACAUGGCAGACACGGCUGCUUUUGAUCCAUAUAAACAGAAAGAAAGUGCUCCACCUGAAGCUGUAUUGCAGUCAUUUGGAAUUAAAGACACCGAAGAUGCAAGACCAGUUUCUCCAACUGAUAGUAAUUCUAGUUUAGGUUCAUCUGCUAGCCAACAAAUUAAACAACAACAACAACUACAACAGCAGCAGCAGCAACAGCCUGGAUACACCCAACAGCAGUCGUCCCAACAGGCUUAUGCACCAACACAGCCAGGACCAGCACCACAGGCUUCACCAGCCCAAGGACAGCAACCUGGUCAGUAUGGACAGUCACCUGUGCCAGGACCACAGCUAGGAUUCCAAACACAAUCCACACCCCAACAAAUGCCGCAGCAUCCCGGACAGCAGCAGCCACAGAUACCAGGACAGCAGCAGCCACAGAUACCAGGACAGCAGCAGCCACAGAUACCAGGACAGCAACAGCCACAGAUACCAGGACAGCAGCAGCAACCUGGUUACCCAACAGCAACCCAGCAGCAGUAUACUACUCAGCAGCAAGGCUAUGGUUCUUAUCCACCCGGCAGUCAACCUCAACCGGGUCAAGCAUAUGUUCAAAAUCCUUCCUAUACACAGUCAUCUCAACCCCAAGGAUACAGCAGUCAAGCUGCUGUACAGCAACCAUAUGCUAACCAACAGCAGUACCCACCUGGAAGUGUGGGAAACCCAUACGCAAGAGGGUUUCCACAAACACAGAGAGCGUAUCAACAGCCAGGACCUGGAUAUAAAUAAAUAAUCACUCCCCCUCCCUUCCUUUGUUUCGCAUACAUUACAUUGUGCAAACACAUGUAUGCAUGAAUCCUGCUUAUUUGCAGGUUAAUUAUCAAAAUAUAAAACUAAUACAUUCAAAUAUAGUUUAAAGGGACACAUUCUGUAACUGACUUGGCACAUUCUCAUUGGGACUCCACAUACAACAACACACCUGUGUUUUAAAUAUAAGUGUACAUAUACCAUAGAUGGAUUGUUUGGCAAUGCAGUCACCUAGCUGACACAUACAUGCACGCACCAUUGGAAUGUAGUAUACUGCCCUCAACUGGAGAAAGUUGAACUUUUAUUGGGAAGUAGUAGACAUUGAACCAAGAGACUGUCUACAAUGCAUUGCAACAAGAAAAAAAGAAAGAAAGAGCAAAAUAGCGAAAGUUUUUUAGUAAAAGUUGAAUAAAUCAGGGUUAUAUUAUACUGUGCAUAAUUAUAAUCUUAUUGAUUGUUGUCAUGCAAAACGAGAAACAAAAAAAUCAUUGAAUAUCAAUGUUGAAGAGCAAAGUAUAAUUUCAUUUGGAAUAAAAAUGAAUAACUUAUUUGCCUUGCAUGUGUAUGGGUUGCUAUGCAUAGUAUGGGACCCAAACUUGUGUAAUUGAAAGUAACUGUUUUUCAAAAUCGUGCCAUGAUGUUAAUGAAAGCAACAUACUAUGUGGUUAACUCUGAUGCAUUUUAUGAUGUGUGUUCCUCUCUGGAGCCAAGAGUUGCAGAAUGUGGCCCUUUAAGUUGCAUUGAACAGAGUUAUUACAAUCUCUCGAUGUGUUCAGUCUGCAUGUGAUAUCAACUUGAACUUUGCUGUUAUAGGAGGGAGUGUGCUUUCCAAUGUAUGAAUCGAUAUGAACAGUCGCGCUUUAUUUAAAUUAACAAGAUUGUGCUUUCUGGGUAGGGCUGCAAUUUAUUCAUCCGUGUAUAAUGUCUAGUUUAAAUGCUGCCCAUGUACUUAAUAUACAGUAGUUACUCUUGUCAUGGAUAUUAAUAUAGUACGGUAGCUGUUAUGUGUUGCUUCAACUAUUUCAGUAACAUUCUGCUAGCAUCGCCUUGAACGUCCCGAAUCAUUCUCUGCCACGGGCAAAUUUAAAUAUUCUGAUAUUUUAAGACAUAUAUACGGUGAACGCUUGGACAUCUAUAGUGAUACUCAAAAACAGAAGAAGAAUAGAUUUAUGUGAUUUAUUGAAAUCCUCGCACUAAAUUUUCCACGGAAAGUGCUGGUACGGAUCCCUCACGCCAUCGUGCUCAAGAGCGGGCCUACUUUUGUGUUAGACAGUGUAUUCAUGGCUAUUUGAAUUUUGACUUGAGGAUACGUUUUUAAAAAAAUAUAUAAAUAAAAAACAAAACUGAGUAAUAUAGCAUAUUUGAAAAAAUGUGUAAUCCCUGGUAUUGAGGUGUAAAAUGUCACCUGUGGCAGAGACUGAAUCUGGUUCUUCAACCACGCCACCACCAAUAUCUAAAAUCAGAAAAAAGGCUUGGAGAAUGUUUCAGUAUGUGUGAUCAUUUCUAUGAGUAAAGUCAUUCUUGGUAUAGCUGGAUGGGUGUUGGAGUAGAUAGUAAAUUAUGUUAAUUUGCAAUAAAAUACAUAUUUAAAGU